GUAAGUUUAUAGUAGUUUUUAGUAGUGUUACUUAUAGAUAGAUUUCCGAUGACGUCACAUGAGUCGCAUAAUUCCAUACGCUGCCAUAUUGUGUGUCAAGCGAUUGUUUACAGAACGGUUGCCGUACUAGUUAUUGUUAACAGUUAUAAUAGCCUCUGGCAAUGGUUCACACCUGUGUUGUUUGGGGCUGUACAAAUCGUGCAGACCCUCGCUCGACGAAAAGACAGUAUUUUGACAUACCAAAAGUGAUUCAUCACCAAGGAGAGAACACUGAAAGGCUCUCACUCGAGAGACGCAACUUGUGGCUGGCAAGAAUCAACCGAGAAGGCUUUGAUGCAGACCCCAACAAAAGACACUAUAAAGUCUGCUCCGAUCAUUUCAUCGCAGGAAAGAAGGCUGAUCUUUAUGACAACACAAAUCCAGACUGGGCACCAUCUCAGAAAAUGGGACCAGAGUUACAAGGUAGCUGUCCCACCCCAGAUCCUCAAUCUACAAAAAAGAGGUACCAACGUGCAAAGUCAAGACAGGAGAAAGUGAAAAAAUUCAAAGCUGCAGAGGCACUGUUAGACUUACAAAAGGACACUUCUCUCUGCGUCGUCCCCAAUACUGAUACUACCAGAGGUACAGAUAAGGCCGAAAUUGAAAAUUAUCAUAUCUGUGAAAAACCUGCAGACGACACACCAACAGAUGGACAACUUGUGGAAAUGAUGAGGAGUGAACUACAAAGACUCACAAGUGAAAACAUGGAGUUGAAGGACAAACUGAAGGAAACUGUGUUGUCACCAGAGACACUUGAUGAUGAGAAAGCAAAACACUACACUGGACUGGACCAUGAUACCUUGAUGACUGUUUACCAUUUUCUUGAACCAAGUAUACCAGGUAGGGUAAAUAGUUCACUGACAAAGUUUGAGAAAAUGCUGGUUGUGAUGAUGAAAUUGCGACUAAAUCUCAGCCUUCAAGACUUGGCAUUCAGGUUUAAAGUUUCAAAAAGUUGUGUGUCAAAGGUGUUUCUCGACACAAUUCAUGUGAUGUACAUUAGAUUAAAACCGAUCAUUCUGUGGCCAGAACGAGCAGAGCUACAAUUAUCAAUGCCCAUGGAAUUUCGGAAAUACUUUGGUGUGAAAGUGUCAAUAAUUAUUGAUUGCUUUGAAGUUUUCAUUGAGAGGCCAUCAAACCUGCUUGCAAGAUCUGAGACAUGGUCCAAUUAUAAACACCACAAUACUGCCAAGUUUCUGAUUGGAAUAACCCCUCAAGGUGCUGUAUCUUUUUUGUCAAAAGGAUAUGGAGGCAGAGUGUCUGACAAAUAUGUAACUGAGCAUUGUGGCUUACUCGACAAACUUUUACCAGGAGACAUUGUUCUCGCUGAUAGAGGCUUUGAUAUCAAAGAGAGUGUUGGACUGAACUGUGCUGAAGUUAAAAUACCAGCUUUCACUCGAGGUAAAAGUCAACUGUCUCCAGUGGAACUUGAAACUAUGAGAAAGAUUGCCCAUACAAGAAUCCAUGUUGAAAGAGUUAUAGGACUUGUUAGAAACAAAUUCACAAUAUUGCAGAGUACCAUACCAAUUGAUUACUUGCAUAGCAAUAUUGACAGCAUACCAACUAUUGACAAGAUAACAACAGUUUGUUGUGCACUAACAAAUUUCUGUGACUCUGUUGUUCCAUUUGAUUGA